GUUGCGCUGCUUCAGUUCAACUUACCUCGGCUCCACGAACGGCCGGCGGACAUUUUGUACGCGAGUGCCCGCGUUUGGAAAAAACCCCGAAGUCUUAUCCAAUCUUUUGGGAAUCCCCGAUUUUUUGGAGUCAAUUUUCCAUUUUUGAAGUUCAAUUUUAUAAUUGUAUUUUUUGAAAUUAAAAUUUUGGAAUUUUAUUGAAUUUAAAGACAAAUUAUCGAUCGUUUGUUGCUAAUAUUUGUUGCAACUCUGAAUUGUAAAGCUUGUGUUGGUUUUUUGAACUCCUGACCGUUGGUCUGGAUACCCGUUUCGCGGAUGCUGGAAUCUCUUAAGCGCCUGCGCUCUUUAAGCAUUUUUAAAUAAACGAAAACCGCUGGACCGGCUGAAGACUGUGCAAUCUGUAUAUAUCUGUCGGGAUAUAUAAUAUAUAAUAUAUGUGUGUAUGUAUGUUGUAACCGUUUUCUCCGAUUGGCGAUCUUGCUUCUUGCUUCUUCAGCUUGCUCAUCUUCAGUUCCUCUUCUUCAGUCUUCAGUCUUUAGUCUUUACUCUUCGGUCCUCGCAAUUUUAAAUUGCUCCAAUGGCGCUUUUCAGAUUUAAUGUUAAUGUGUUUAAUGGUUAAAUUUAGUUGGACCCCUGCGACACUGAUUUAAUUAACCGAGGAAUUUUAUUUUUAUACUUGGUGAAUAUUUUGUGAUUUUGUGGUUUUUUUUUAUAAUUAUUUUAAUUGCUGUUUUGUGGUUGGUAUUUUUGUUGUUUGGUGAUUUAUGUUCAGUGCACGGUGAUUGCUUGUUAACAUAUUAGUGUGUCACGGUGGUUUAUUGAUUAUAAAAUCUGGAUUAUACGGGGGAGUCGGCUUUCAAUUUGUUGGUUCAUAGCAAAGGACCACACACAGAACGAGAUGGUAUGAGAGAAGGCGCCGGCAGCGUUGCCGAGGUGUUACCAGUGGGCGGAGGAGGGGCCGUGCUGGUGCUCAGCGAACUCGAGAGUAUGGCAUCAAGACAGCAGCGGGAGAUUGCCCAACAGAGACGACUCCUCGAGCAACGUGAAGCUCGGCUUGCCCUGCUAAGAGGCGCUCAGGAACCAGCACAGCAAGAGAGACUGGCGAGGUUGAGGCAUCGACUCGAUCAACAACAGAGCAAACUCAAUAGGCUAAGGUUACUCAGAUCACAAACAGAUCAGUCGCGAGCCAAUAAUGCCACCCUAACCUCCGACCUAGACUGCAUAAGAGCCCUGUUCAAUGAAAAAGAAAAAGAAUUAUCGCUGGCUGUCGCUAAGGUUGAGGAGCUGACACGACAACUCGAGGAGUUGCGUGGUCGACACAACGGAAAUGCUGCUGGAAGUGCCGUCGGGGGGCAAGUACCGUCUACUGCUAGUGCUGAGCUUGAAAAACUGCGUCGAGAGCUUAUGUUUCGCAACAAAAUGAACGAACAACAAAACCAAGUAGUGUCCCAGCAAAGAUUAGUCCUGGCGCAGCGUCAAGCAGAAAUGGUAUCAAUAGACGCGCGAAUAGCUCAACUGCAAGGUAGAUUGCAACGUAAACGCGCAUUAAACCAGCGAUUGCUAACCCAACAACAAAUAGCAAACAAUCAUCAUCAAAUGAGCUCUGCUUCGACAAUAACUACGAGUUCUACCAGCACCACAAUGACGCCCUGUCUCAUCGACCAGUCGAACAAACAUCAUCAAGACUUCAUUACGACCUCCACUAAUAUCAAUAACAACAACAAUAAUAACAAUAAUAACAACAACAAUAAUAAUAAUAACAACAUCAAUAAUUACAAUAAUAACAAUAAUAACAAAUUGCGACCCGCGGGCAAUAUCGCGGCGAUUGAGCCCUACAGCCAUAUUCCGAACAAUGACAACAAUGAGAACAAUUUUAACAUUAACAAGAACGACCCCAAGUAUCAGACGCUGCCGUACAACACUAAAUUCACCGUUAAUCUCAAGCCUAUAGAUGAUGAUGUUAAUAAAAAUAAUAGCAACAAAAUUCAACAUAGUCAGAGCGCGUCGCAAAUUGGACAACGGGCAACUUUACAGCAGUUAGAGCAGCAAAUUGCACACAGUCAAUCACAGUCACACAUUCAAGGUCAAUCUCAACUAUUAGGAAUAAAUCAGCCUUCAGUACAACUCCAGCAAUUAUCUCCACCGCAGCACACAGCUGCUCAAACUUUUGCCACCCAACCAUCAAACUUUAUCUCGCACUUAACCACCAGCAACAAUAACAGCCCGGCAAUCACCACAACCACCCCCAAUAACAAUAACAAUAACAACAACUUAAACAACAUCGUGAUACCUCCCACGAGCAAUCAAAGCAGCGAAAAUCAAAACCUAGUAAGUUCCCGGCCGCUCGCCCACCAGAAGCAGGUUCCCACUUCAAUUCCGGAAAAAUCCUCGGUUCCUCAAUCGCACAAUCACCGAAGCCUAGCGACCCACGCAAAGCCAGUGUCCAGCGUAGCACCGAGUUUCCCAGUAAAAUCUCCAAUAUAUCAAACAUCCUCAACAAAGAUCCACCCGGUGAUGCCGCAGACAUUAAGUUUGAUUGGUCGCGGUCACCCUGGACCGCAAAUCCAAAGCUACAACGAGCGAUCUAUCGUCCAGCCUACAAGUGUAAAUUCCAACAGCCCAAAUCCAAAUUCAAAUGCUUCAACGACCGCUGUAGAAGCGACGACGGUCACUACGACGACUUACCCGAGGCAUACCUUCACUUCGAGCAACUUUGUGAAAAAUCCGCUCAACAAUUUCCCCCAGGCGUCGCUCAGCAACUUGGGAAGCGCUAACUUUCCAGGAUUUCCUGCUCCGAUGAGCUACAACCCAACCACUACGGCCAAUCCUCCCCCCGCGGCUCCAGGAAUCACUUCCGAGGCGAAAUUAGAGAAAAAACUGGGCGUCAGUUCGACAACCGGCCCGGCAAAUUCUAACGAAGAGACUAGGUUCGAAAACGGGUCGAUACAGACUCAUCAGUUCGCGACGAAGGGCCACGAAGGACACGAUAAUUUAAUCAGGUCUAAAUACGAGCACUCACAGUACAAAUACGAGCCCGCUAAUUUACAGUUUAAGCAGCAGGAGCUUAACAAGUACUCGGAACCGGCUAACGCAAAGGAACAUCCCGUUCCAGUCACCAAGUUCGAGAUCAAGCACGAUCAUUCUGCGAAAUUGGAACCCCCCGCAAAGGUCCCGGAUAAGUUGUACGAGUACGAGCGGGCUAAGCCGGACAAUGAAAGGAAAACCGGGACUCUGAUUGAGAACAAAUGUGAGGACAAGAUGAAACCCGCGCUACCGCCUAAACCCAUUAAGCCUAAUCCACCCCCCAGGUUGAACAGCCAGGAUAAGCCUGAAGGUGGUGAUACGAUAGUCUCCGAGGGAGUUAAGUCGCCCGCUGUAUUCACUAGGAGCGACAAAGAAGAGGAAAUACCGCCAAUUCCAACGAGCGAGCCUCCACCAGAUUCUCCAAACGAAGUUCCAACAAUCGGGAACCACCCGAUAAUAAAAGCGCGUCCACUGACACUGAAAAAAGUAUUACUAUCAGAGCAGCCUCGCCUGCGCUAUUCAAAAUCAAACGUCCAUGUGUCAAUAAACCGACGCAUUGAAAUGCCGCCGGCAUUUUUGUUCCCUGAAACUGAGAUACCAGCAGAUCUUAUGCAAACGGAACAGCAACAACAGCCGGUGGUAUCCAGUGACGUUAUUGAUCACACCAGCCUCAAAGCACCGGCGUUGACUGAUGACGAGGUUCCGUGUAACGAGAAGCUCGAGGACUCGGAUAUCGUUGAGGCCUUGAAUGUAAUUAAUAUCGAGGAUAAAUUGAAGAAGGAUGGGACCGGUCAGGAUCGGAAAGCCGAAACCGACAGUGCCGAUGCCAAGGCUGAGGUGAUUAGGCGCAAAAAGGGAAAUUUAAAGUCGACAACUGGGAAAGCUAAUAUGUCCAGGAGGGUUUCAUUUGAUCCCUUGGCCCUUCUGCUCGACGCCAGUCUCGAAGGCGAGCUUGAGCUCGUCAAAAAAACCGCUCAGGAAGUUCCUAAUCCUAGUUCCGCUAAUGACGAAGGCAUCACUGCGCUUCAUAAUGCCAUUUGCGCGGGGCAUUUUGAUAUUGUUAAGUUCUUGGUGGAAUUCGGGUGCGAUGUCAAUGCUCAGGAUAGCGAUGGAUGGACACCGUUACACUGCGCCGCGAGCUGUAACAAUCUGGGGAUGGUAAAAUUUCUUGUUGAACACGGAGCGUGUAUUUUUGCAACAACUUGGUCUGACCACGAAACCGCUGCCGAGAAGUGCGAAGAGGACGAAGAAGGUUUCGACGGUUGUUCUGAGUAUUUGUACAGUGUUCAGGAGAAAUUGGGCAUUAUGAACAAUGGACAAGUAUACGCGGUGUUCGAGUACGAAGCGCAGCACAACGAUGAGUUAUCGCUUAAAUUUGGCGAUCAGUUGGAAAUAAUUAGGAAGGGAGAUGAUAAUGAACGCGAGUGGUGGUGGAGUAGGCUAGGACAUCGCGAGGGAUAUGUUCCACGCAAUUUCUUAGGGCUGUUCCCAAGAGUACUACCAAGCAAAUCCGAAUAACAAAAGGAGAAGUUGGAGGUGGAGGCGGAAGAAAUAGAUGAAGAAAUGAUUGAGAUUUUCGUGUGAAGAUACGAAAUACGGAAGAACAUUUAUCAACACAGUAUUCAAUUUGCAGCUUUAUCUUUUUAGAUAUUUUAAUAGUGUAUUUAAAUGUUGCAAAUUAUUAUUAUUUUAUAGCGUCCUCAUAAGUUUUAAUUUUUCACUUA